CCGCGGGCGAGGGCAGGCGGGGCGCCGGAGGGAGGGAAGAGGCUGCAGGCCAGCCGGGAUGCGCGAUGGCAGAGGCGGCCCGGAUCCCUUAUAGGACCACGGGGUCCACCCUUUUGCACCCGCUGAGUGACUUCCUGGGCAUCCCGCUGGACCAGGUGAGGGGAACGCGGAGAAGUUUGCAAGCAGGCAAAGGAGCAGCUCGCGAUUCUUGGGGAUUGUGGCACGUGGUGGAAAUCCGGGUGGUUGUUUUUCAUUCAAAAGAGAAAUUGACCGAACAGGACUUUUUUCCCUCCCUAUUGAUCGCGUUUGUUGUUUUUUCUUCCCCGUCUACGGAAGGGUGAUUUUCUGUGGGACAAUGAUAAAGAACGAAAAGCCCAGUCUUUGAGCAUGUUUACUCCUGCUGAGCUUAACGGGGUUUAUUUCCAAAUAAGCGAGCGUAGGAUUGCACCCGCAAUAGCUUCGAAAGGCUCGGGUUUCAGAACUGUGGCUUUAUUUGCAUAGUAGCAAUCGGUGUGCCUUAUGGCGAUAAUGUAUUGGGUUUCAUCGAAUGGGUUGGGACCCCAAAGUGAGUCACAGGUAAACCUAAGGUGAGUCAUAUCUAUGGCACCGAUUUACCUUAGCUUUUUUACACUCCCCCCCCCCCGGCAGAAAUGAUAAAGCAGGAAGAGUUGGGUUUGGUUGAUUUGCAAAAACUCUUCCAAUUUUCUGUCAUUAGGUGUACCGCUUGUCAAGUGCCUCUCCCAGAAGACAGGCGCUUGAAGUCAGGAGACCUGUGAGACUUGCCUGUUCUUGUGAUUUUUUUUCUUCCUAAUGUGGUAUUAAAGAUGGGUCACCGUUGGAAAAACUUGACAGAUACUAGGCUGUGUAAGAAAGCUUGAUGGGGUGUGUUGUUUGACUAGCACUUAAUCUCAGUCACUAGGUGCAAGUGAUGCAGUGUGCGCUUGAUGCUUACAUGUGCAGGAAGCAGCAGCCUAAAUGAACAGGAAGUAGCAACCAAAAAAAGAAAGUAUUGUUGUGGAAGGUUUCCUGUGGCAACUAAAUUGAAACUAAGCCCGUCUUUGAAAUGAAGAUGCUUUCUUCUUAUGUUUACAUCACGCCGCCUUCCUUCCCUGCUUCUACAACCUGCCCUUCCCUUUGUUAUAUGUUCAGAAUGUGAGCUCCGUGCGCCAGAGAUUUGUCUUGUUGCUCUGUGAAGCACCAUGUGCAUAGAUGAGGCUGACAACCAUAAUAUCACCUGUCCCUUGUAUGGAGCCAUCAUCUUAUGGGUUAGGAGGACAUGCUGGGUGUUAUGUACUGAAGUUCUCACCCUGGGCCAGCAGGGGGAUACUGUAGAUAGUUAUGCAAAUAAGGGAUCGAAAGUGAUGUUCAGUGAUUGGAUAGUCUUAGAAAAUUGUUACAGUUACGUUGUACUGGAGCUCUAUAUAAGCAGGCUGACUGAACCCUUCAGUUCAGUUCUGUUCUGGCCUGUGAAUAAACAAGAGCUGUUUGAAGAAUUGCUGUGUCGUCUGAUAUGUUCACCCACAACUUAACACUGUCAAGGUUUAGAUGCAUUGCAGGGACACUUCUCAUUCCUGAAAAUCACCUCCUUCCCAUUGUGCAUGCGGAUCCUUGAUUAAGAUGUGCUUAUUAAGCAGAGUCAUCCCUACUGUUAGGCAGAACGUGACUGCUGCCUCAGGACACAGGUGCUGGUGGGCGGUGAGUGGGUGACAGCAAGCAAGAUGUUGGAGUACAGAGCUGUGCAAACCUGGCUGCUAGUUAGGUGUGGGAGAGGGUGCUGUCCUGUCACCAACGUUGAAGUAAGACUGAACUGCCAGUUGGGUUGCUUCUGUUAGUGGCAUUUGGGGUGGUGGAUCAUGUCCUCAGACAGCAGGUAUGCCACAAUCCAACGGCACAACAGAAGUUAGGUAUUGAGAAUAAUAAUCUUUUAUUGCUGCAAGUAUUGAACUAAAUAUCUUAAUAGUAUUUUAUAUAUCAAGGCUGGUUUGUUGACUUUGGGCCCCCUCAUGAUCAACUUGUCCCAGAAUUGUUAUACAAGUGUUUAGAGCGAUUGGGUUUAAUCUAGGCCACUAAACUUAUGUUCAUCCUUUACAUGACAGUAAUCAUUUGGGGCCCUGCUGGACAUCUCUUUGCCACAGCAGCAAAGUCUGGUAUUAACUAAGAGGCCUUUUGCGGCACCCACCUUAUUGAAAUACCCUGUCACUAUGCUGCUUCAGGCAGUUGGUGAAGACUUGAAGUUUUUAAAAGGCCUUUGGUUGUGUAGUUUUUGUUGGCUUAGUUCCAUAUUGUUUCAGUGUUGCUGGAAUUUGUUAAGUUGAUCCUGUUGAAUGUAUAUAUUGAAGUGUUUUUAGGUGAUUCUGUUUGUUUUGUUCUGUUUUUAUCACUGUUCGUUAGUCGCCUGGAGUCUCUUUGCAGAAAUAGUUGGGAUAGGAACUUUUGAAAUGAAUAAGAAUAACAUAUUAUUGUGGUAGCACAAAAUCUCGUGUGCCAGAUGUACUUGGGUGGCGGUGGGAGGGCAAUACAACUAUAACAUGGGAUGUGCAUCUCAGUGGUGAUGUAUUUUCUUUCAAGGCUCGUGGGAGGCUUGCUCUUUUCCUGGCAGCAAAUGUGAUUGGUUUUUCCUUGUUAGAUUUUUCUGAGGCAGCCAUGAACUUGCUGCCCUUUCUGUAUUCUCUCAGCAAUGAGGAAGCUUGUGGUGGUGAUACUAUUUGUUCCACUAACUAGGGGGAAAAUGGGCUCCACUUACAGAUUGUGCUGAGAGAUAAACCAGGCAGCAAAGGAUUUAUUGUACUAGGUUUUAAAAGCAGCACAAAAAAGGACUCUCUGGAACAAGGAUGAGUUGGUUUUAGUUUUGCAGGGUCUACUGUUUGAGGUUUGCUUGCUUUUUAAAACUUAAAUAGAAAAAGGGAGCUGAAAACAGAAAUUAUUUGUGUGUGAUAUUUGGUUCAAUCCACUUAGUGUGGAAGAAAAUAAUAAUGAUGCAAUUUUGCAAUCACAGGGAAAAAACUGUGCAUAUAUACCUGAAUCUCUGUUUGUUGUUUAGUUUGCCUGUCUUAAGUGAAGGUUGAAACUAUAUGCAUGUAGCUAAGGGAAGGGAAGAUUUGGGGGUUUGAGGAAUUGGGUAAUAAGGUGCAUGUUUGUCAGCUUCUUUCUGAAAACAAUUCCUUGUAAUGUUCACACGUUUACUGGUGGAUUUGUUGAAUAAAGGGGCGGGGCCAAUAGGAUUUUCAUUUCAUGUGGGGUGGAGAGUUUAAUUUAUUCACUUCUUAAACUAUUUGUUAUAAGGCUACUGCAGUUUGUUGUGCACUGGAAUUAGAAUUCGUUUACAAUGGUACCUCAGGUUACAUACGCUUCAGGUUACAGACUCCGCUAACCCAGAAAUAGUGCUUCAGGUUAAGAACUUUGCUUCAGGAUGAGAACAGAAAUCGUGCUAUGGCGGCAGCAGGAGGUCCCAUUAGCUAAAGUGGUGCUUCAGGUUAAGAACAGUUUCAGGUUAAGAACGGACCUCCAGAACGAAUUAAGUACAUAACCCGAGGUACCACUGUAUAUUAAAAACAUUUCUGGAAUGUGUACUAUCCACGGGUCCCAAGGCAGAUUACAGAAUAAAACUCUAAAAUGCUAAAAACACAUAAAAUAAAUAUUAGAAUCUACAUAGAAUCUAAGUGAAAUCAACCACUAACAGUAAGAACCAUAUCUUAAAGGGGUCAAUAACCUAUGUGUGCUUAGCAGCCUUUAGAAUUGCCGUACUGUGAAUGACUUGCAUGUAUGAACCAUGCAAGAAAUGGGAACCAUGCUUCUGUAGAUAGUACCAACAAAAUACAUGGCAAAUUUAAUUUAUUUCACAUGAAUUCUGUGAAUUUGCAUCUCUCUCCUUUCUUUAAUCACUGAGUUCAAUAAGGGCCGCUGCAGAAGAGUAAAGCGAAUGUAGAAUAUAGGAUGAUGCAGACAUUGAAAAAAGUUAACAGGAUGGAUUGAUAGAAACAUUCAUUGGUAUAACUCUCACCCUGUUGACUUUCCCCCCUGACAUUCCUUUCUUCCUUCCUGGAAGCAGAGUCAAGUUUAAUCACCUCCGCAGCAUGACUGUUGCACAGAGAUUUUUAACUGCCUCUGAAGGUCAAGUGCUUUGCCUUUGGAAUGCACCACAGGGCUUGGCAACUCCACCCUGACUGUCAGGAAGGAGAGUGGCAAAGUCUAGUUCAAUACUGCUGCAGGCCACCCCAAUCCGAGUGGCGUGAGAUUCCAGGGGCUCAUCCACGAUCCAUGUUUCCUUUGGGAAUGAGGCACACCGGAGGCUGUGGUGUCUUUAUUAUAUAUGGAGUUGUUUGUGUGUGUUUUUUUACACAUAUAUACAACCUACGCUUAUGUUGGAGGGGUUCAUAGUAUCAGCACUCCAAGAAGGUCUUGUUUCUUCCAUAGGCACAGCUUAGGACAGGGCUCAAGAAGAGAUCAAGCAUCAUGCUUUGCCUCUUUCUCUCUAGGACACAUUGCAGCAACUCUCUCUCUAAUCUCUCUAAACUCUGGCUUUAUCUGUUGAGGGAGGGUGGGGUCUCAUCAAUUUGCCAUCUCAUGCAGAGUCCCUUGAUCCUUUGUUCUUAAUGGCCCAUUCCCAGGCUAUCAGCUCAAUCCAGGAAGUUUAGCCUAGCUUAAUUACCGUAUUUUUCGCUCUAUAAGACGCACCAGACCAUAAGAUGCACCUAGUUUUUGGAGGAGGAAAACAAGAAAAAAAAUAUUCUGAAUCCCAGAAGCCAGAACAGCAAGAGGGAUCGCUGCGCAGCAAAAGCAGCGAUCCCUCUUGUUGUUCUGGCUUCUGGGAUAGCUGCACAGCCUGCAUUCGCUCCAUAAGAUGCACACACAUUUCCCCCUACUUUUUAGGAGGGAAAAAGUGAGUCUUAUAGAGCAAAAAAUACGGUAUCCUUUAACACUUGGCUUAAUUAAAUUAUUAGGAGUGUCUAGCACACAGCCUAAUACACACGUGUCUGGAUUAAUACAUACACGGGUCUGGUACCCAGAGUUUUAACACCUGGAUCCUUGAUUAAAUUCUAACACCUACUGGUUCCAGGAAUUUAGGAGUGUCUAGCACCCACAAACUCAUAACAAUCCUAUCAGUAUUGUCAUAACAGAACGCAAACAUGUCUGUGCCUAAGCUUACUGAACAUUUGUUUGCCAAAAGGUGCUGCCUUCUUAUUUGCCCAGGAAAAAAAUGAGUUUUCAUUUAGUGAGAAAACAAACACAUUUCUCCCCUCAGUCCUUCAUCAUGAAGUAGCCCAGAGCUGUUCCCAUACCACAUAUUUUCUUACAGAAACAUAAUUCCAUUAUAUGUACAAGUUUGGUGCUUAGAUGCUUCAAGUUUGCUGCGUGUUUUAUCAAUCACCACACCAAAUAUUAUCCUUUCAUGAAAGUUUCCAUUCUGACCCAUACUGGCAUUACACAAUCAAAUAAAGUCAUAACCAUAGAAAUAAUCCUCUAUUCCAUCAUUUUCAGCAUAUAAAUUAUAGGGUUUCUGAAACAACUCCCCUUUUAUCUCUAGUCUCUCAUUUAAAAUUAUUCAUUAUAUAAAAUUAUACUAUGCAUUUCCUCCUGUUUAUUUUGGUUGCUAUGUGCCAAACACCACAAUGACAUUGCAGUAACAGUUGUUAACGCAAACAAGAUUGCCUACAAGCAAAGCAAGGGCAGGCUGCAGAAACUGCAGAAAUGCUCCAUUCACUUCCUAUAAGUCAGGGGUGGGAACUGGAUCUGGUUUGUGGGCCAAAAUGAAAACAUCUCCCCUGCAGGAAAACACUUUUCCUGGGGCAGUAUGUUGGUUAAUAUUGAAUAAUGUGUGAUACUUCAGAAACUAGAAACUUUGGGCCAAGCUGGAGUCUCCUUCAGGCAUUCGGACACUGUGUAAUUGUGCGACUGGGAGAGUGGGGAGCUGUGGGGAUGAGCAUAGCUAACUCUGUCCCUCCUUGUCAUUCUCAUUGCCCUGCACAAGUUAGAGGAUGGUUGGGUGAAGCAAGGAGCCUCCUCUUUUAAUGGAAGUUUCCUGUGCAUUUUAGAAUCCCGAUUUUCUGGGGUUCAAGUGUCAUGAGUCUCUACCUGAGCACCUCAAACUGAAAUUGAUUUGGAGCAAGGACUCCCAAAACUUGAGAGAGAGGAAGGAGAAGGAGCAGCCCACACAUACUAUUGGACAGCUUUCGCAUACUCAGGAAUCAAGAGUUUUGUGUCUCCCUUGUAGGAAAUGUAUACUUCUUUGUGCAUUCUGCAAUUUUCAUCCUGUGGAAUAGUGGCAGAACUUUGUUGCUCAUAGCCGAACACUUCAGAAACUCUUGGGCGACAUUCAAAGAAAUGGCAGCUCAGUGUGACUUUUUUAAGAAGCAAAUAAAAUUGCAUCUGGAUCAAAGCCACUCAUUCAUUCAAUCAUUAAAAAACAAACAAACCUGAGUAGAAACGAUUACGGUAUCAGAGUCAACAAACAUACAUUGUAACACUUAAUUCUUCAGAUUUACUUUUAAACAUUUCUCCUCUUCACACCGUUGUUGACUAAGGAUUUUCCUCUUUAUUUUUUUUUGUUGACUAAGGACUCUGUCAUCUGUUCUGCAGUUUCUCUGCCAGGGCUGCUAAUGAUUAUUCCUUCAGCUGUUUCAUCAUGGUAAUCCCCCAAGAACAUCUGUUUUGAAUUUUUGAGUUCAGAUCUCAGAAGGUUUUUUAAAUUGGGAGAGAAGCAGAACUUACUGCUGGAAGCAAGACUUCAAUCCACAACACAGUCAGAUUUACCGUGUGAGAGCUCAUGCAUGAAAUUAAGAAAGAUGACUACAAAGUGUAAUUGUUUCAAACUAAUGUGUGUGCAUAUUUUUAUGCCCUCCUUGGAAGACUGUAAUUUUCCAUUUUAAAAUAACACUCCUGCUUUAAAAACAAACAAACACAUAUGUGCUGCACAAAAUAACUUACAGUAUUUAUGUGGGUGUUGUCUUUCUUUCAGCAGACUAUUAUAAGCCAGAUAUGGAUUCUAACUCCCAUCAGUCCCAGGCAAGGGAAAUUGUAGGCCAAUAGCAUUUGAUGGGGGCAGUCCUGAUUUGAAGCCUUUUCUGAAAUAUCAGUCUGCUUCAUUUUAUGUACACAACUUAAGAAUCACAAUGCCUUGAUAGCAGAAGUAGCUCAUCCUAGCGUAUUCCUAUAGUAAACAUUUAGUGGGUUUAGCUUAACAUGACCCACUGGUAUUCUAUAUGUAUAGAAGAAAUUAAGUAUACCAUGACGUAUCAAGUAUGCCAUGAAAGUAUGCAGGUGUACAUGCACACAUUACAGGAAAUUCUGCCCCUUUGGAAUAUGAAUGUUUGUCUACAGUUUUUGGUCUCACAAGAAGCCACAAUGUACUUCUGUUGAUUUAUUAUGUAGGCAUCUAGGGAACUAUCCAAUUUUCUCCCUUGCCAUUUAAGUUCCUACAAGCAACACUCUUCCUUUUCCCAAUGCACAUGUAUAUUUCUCUGAUUUCCAUGACUUCUUUGUUAAAUUGCAAACUUUCUUGGGAACUUGUUUGUAAUUCUCUUUUGAGGCUUUCCUGUUAAUAAAUUUUCAUCUUUGGACAUUUUCUUACUCUUGAAAGGGAGCAAUUCUGUGUGGUAAAUUAGGUUUUUCAUUAAGUGUGCCUGUGCAUUUGCCUUAAUGUGCUUUGUCCUAAAUGUACCAGUUAAAAAACAACAACUGCAGGAGAUAUGGAUAACUAGCCAUAGCAAACUUCUUUUGCUGUUGGCUUGCUCGCUGAGCAGUUUAAUGAAUUAUGCAAGAAAAACCUGGAUUUGCCACCACUGAGUAUAUACUUGACAGGGAGCUGGACCUAAUCAAGUGUUCCAGUACAAUACACACAUCUGUCACAUUCAUAUUUUACAUUUUUCGGUGUAGAUAUAAAAAACACCCUGGGCGUAUCCCUGAAAACAAUUUGCUGGAUCCAGACUAAUAAUGAACUACCACACAUACAUUCAGUUACCUGGUCCUAUUCACAAGUCCCUGGGAAAAGCUCCCUUGAAUUAAGUGAGACUGACUUCUGACAAGACAUGCCUAUGAUGCUUCCACUCCUUUUCCAUUCUUUUCAUUGAGAUCUGUAUUCAACUACAGUGGUACAUUGGUUUGCAUAUGUCUUGGUUUGCAUACAUUUUGGAUUACAAGCACGUCAAACCCGGAAGUGCGUGUCCCGGUUUGCAACCUUUUUUUUGAUUGCAACCCAUCUAUUAUUAUUUUUUUUGGAUUACAGACCAAUUUUUUUUGGAGGCCCCAUUGGCGAAAGUGCGCCUUGGGUUACAACCUGUUUUGGUUUACAAAUGGACCUCCAGAACGGAUUAUGGUUGUAAACCAAGGUACCACUGUAAUGUAGCCUAGAUCUAGCUCAUAUUAUGAAGAGGCUGUUUUCACCUGAAAUAAAAUGGGAAGGUCUGAAACCUCUUUCUCUGAAAUAUCCUACUGGGAGCUUUAGGUGUCUUUUGAAUAUUUUUGAGGAAGCAGCUCCAAAUUACUUCCGCACCCAUUCUUUAAAGUGCAGUGCUAAGUUGUGCGGGGAAAAUACGCGACGACUUGUCCAGGAUUGUACCCAAGAGGUCUUUCUUGGCGGUGAGGAGAAUGCUGACAAACAAAAGUCAAUUGCAAUCUGUUUUCAUGUUUCCUUAGGUCAAUUUUGUUGCUUGUCAGCUCUUUGCACUCUUGGCCGCCUUUUGGUUUCGCUUGUACUUAAGUCCUAGCCAUGCCAGCUCUGCUGUUCGUCACACAUUUGCCACCAUAUUUGGAGUAUAUUUUGCUGUUUUCUGCUUUGGUUGGUGAGUAAUUGCUGUCUAAAUAACUAAUAAUUGCAACAAAGAUGAUGAUGCAUGGAGUCGUGGAGAGAGAUGUAGGCUCUCCGUGCUUUAAGGCAUGCUGUUGAGCAACUAUGGGAACUCCUGAGUUUUAUCAGCAAGUAGUGCUUUAGAGAGAGAUGUAUCCAAAAACUCAGUGAUUUGGGAACAAAUACCAUAACUUGAAAAGGGAUCUAGUUAGGCAAUUGUAGAAAUGCAGGGUUGGAGGAGAGUGGAGUUUGUGUUUGCUCUAUCGUUCUAUAUUGCCUAUUUACUUUAUAAAAGGUUUUUGCCCUCCCCUGGCAUCCAUCAUUGAUCUUUGAAUAUGAAACUUGUUUUCUUGUUUUUAAGGUACUCCAUCCAUAUUUUCAUGCUAGUGAUGAUAAGCUACAGCAUCCUGAAUGUGGCCAGCAUUCCCAACAUUCACAGGUGAGAUUUCAUGGCUAUUGUAAGCAACGUCUUUUAGGUUAUCCUUUUUUAUUAUAACUGUCUCCUUUUCCCCACCUCCUUUCACUGGAGCUUUGUGUGCAGUUAGUUGAUAGUGGUGUGGCAGCACCCAGAUUGCACCAAAAGAUUUGCUUUGCCUUUCUUCACGUUCAUGAAGGCAGGACUGCUUUUUCUGGUAUGACUGGGGACAAAUGUAUGGAAGACCAGUAAUCAUUAAUUGGAUGUACUUAGUGGGAAGGAAGUUCUAGGAAAGCGAUAUGCACUUGCAAGAGUUAGUUAGACAACCUUUUGAUGCUACAUAUUAAGCUUUAAAGUCCCAAACCCCUUGAUGUGGCAGAAUCAACAUGUUGGUUUGGGAGUCAGUUGUUUUGAGGUGGUUUUUUUAUUACAGUUGUUCUUGGUAAGACUUACGUUUUGUGUAUUAAAUGUCUACGAUUAUAGGUACUCUUUUAUGGUAGCUAUGGGAUAUCUCACGUUAUGCCACAUUAGCCGGAUAUACAUAUUCCACUAUGGUAUUCUCACUACAGAUUUCUCUGGGUAAGUUAUUUAUUUCUUUUAUUUAGAGUAUUUGCAGGCCCCUCUUCAACCAAAAAGGCUCCCAGAUUAAUAAAAGCAAAACAAUCCCUGCCUGUAGACUUUACAGUCUUAAAAACACAAGGGAACAGGGAUAUGGAAGAAAGAGGAAAUAAUUUGUAAUAUUAAAAUGUUUGUAUUCAAUAAUACAUAGAAAUCACUUUGUUUGUUACCUUAAUGGCCCACACUCACCAUUAACUCACCAAGAAGUUGGCCUGGCUAUUCCAGCAAUUGCAUCCUUGCUGGAUCAAGGAAUUAGAAGGGGACUCAGGCAUACAGGUUAACUGCCCCCCCCCCAAUUCACAACAUGGACAUUUACUGAGGUGUAUAAGAGGUCCAAUGUGUUUCAAUGUGUGACAGUUAUUCUUGUGGACAAGACAAUCUUGUACUGCUUUUAUUAUUCUGCCAUCUUGCUGUAGUAGUUCACUUGGGACAUAUCAAACCCCGUUUAAGUCCAAAAGAUUUAAAUGAACAUACCUGGGCAGAGGUAGAAAUAGGUUAGGCAUCAUAUUGAAAACAAUCAGUCAAGCACAGCAUGAUUACUUUUAAUCGCAACCUGUGAAUAAAGUAAAAUAUAGUUUUGCACAUUGCUCAGUUUCAUCUUCUCUGUUUUGGGUUUCUACUUGCUUCAAUAUUAAAACAUUAACACUGUUUCUGCUUGUCGAUAUGUUCUACCUGUUGGUGUUUGCAUUUAAUUCAUACUACUACUUCUCUCUGUAACUGCAUGUCUUCUCUCAUGCCAAGAGGAUUGUGUUGGUGAGUUGCUCUCUUCUAUGCAUGCUCUUAAUGUUUCUGAACUUCUCGCAUGUUUGCUUUCAAAUGAUAACAACUGGUGGUGGUUCAGAGGAAUAGCCAGUGGCUUCUGGUGUGAUUGAGCACCCUGAUCUGUUUUCAGAUUCCUUGCCAGCUGGGGAGCCUUGCCUCUUUUAGGUCUUCACACAUAAUCAGAAACCUCCUUACUAUCUGUUUCAGAUACGGAUUAGUGGGCAACCUUAGUGCUUUUGAAUUGUUCACAUGGAAACAAACACGGGAAGUCCCACCACCACAGCACAUCAGUUUUGUUUUGUUUACAACUGUCUGUGUGUUUAUGCAUGAGGCUCUGAAGCAAGGAACCUCUGCUACUCAUUGAGACUCCCCAAACAAGUGAGUGCCCUGCAAAUCAGGCUUCUAAAUCACAGGGGAGCCUCCCAAAGUAGUGGAGAACUUUCAGACGUUUGUGCACAAACUUGUGGUCAGCUGUAAACAGCAUACAAGUGACUUGUCAGAAGGUGUGGGGUAUUCUCCCUCCUGUGUGUGCUUCUAUCUCAUUCCUAAUUGAGGAUGUGGGUAUUUGCACCACACAAUGUGUAUGAGACUGUUCAGAGCUAGCACAUCUUAUUUACCUAUUCCAAAAAGCUCUACCCACCUCCCCAGUCUUUCAACACCAUUUACAAAUAUGACUAAGACAAUAACAAACAUAAGAAUGCAAUGAAACACGGAAAAGAUUGGAAAAAGCAUUAAACAACACUACCGGUAAAUCAACAAGACACUUUGUUGUGUCUCUUUGCCCACCCCACCAGGAGGUAAGCCACUCUGUUCUAUACCAUAGUAGGUGUGGAGAACUUCUGAUCAUCCGAUGUAACUGAACCACCACUCCUAUCAUCCUUGACCAUUGGCCAUACUUCCUGGGGCUAAUGGAAGUUGACAUUCAGCAACAACUGGAGGACCAAAGGUUCCCCACACUUGACUUACACUUUCUGAACAGUCUUCAAGCCCUGUAAAGUGUUCAUUUCCGUAGUCAAGACCUGAUGCAUGAAGACCCAUUAAGGACAAAUUAAGUGCAUUCAUAUUUACUUCAUUGUCCUUUAAUAGUUCCUUCAUGCCCCAGAUUUAAUUGCAUUUCUGUGCAUUAAGUGGCAAAGACCUCUGUGAAUAAUUUUGUCAACUUAAGUGCAGUACACCAAAUUAGGAAAUGUGUAAUAUUUUACAGUAAAAAAGUUAAAAUAAUAGUCAUUGUAGUCCAGCACAUGCUUGAGUAGAAGUGAUCUAUAUAGCCUGUUAGUUGGUCUUAUUUGGUAUUAAAGUUCAUGUGGCAAUAUGGCAUUGUGGAUAGAGUGUUGGACUUGGGCCAGGGAAACCCAAGUUCAUAUCCCCAUUCAGAUUGAUAGGUCAUUGGAUGAUCUUUCCAAACCUCUCUGUUGUGAUGUGGAUAACUGUUGUGAUGUACAUGGCUUUGAGCUCCUUUAAGCCAGAAUGUGAAAAUAUGUAAUCAAAUGUUGUACCAUGCAACAUGUGAUGCACACUGUUUUCCUGUAUUUCAUUAUAGUCCGUUGAUGAUUGUAAUACAGAAGAUCACUACUCUUGCCUUCCAAGUGCAUGAUGGUAAGAAAAGAUACAUUUUCCAGCCCAGGGCCUGUCCACACUAGGGUUUUUCACAUCACUGCAAUAUCUCGCUCAUUCUUAUCCCACACAAUGGAAUGACAAUCUGUCAUUCACCUCUCCUGUAGGUUAUAUCCAAGGAAGUCAUUGUGUUCAUGGCUGCUGGCGCAAUGGAACUUGCUCUCCCUCUCAUCCCCCAAAUCUGCUCAGGGUUCGUUCCCCCAACUCAUCCAAACAGAUUUGGGGAGGUGCAGGAGGAGUAAAGGAAGUGGGAAGUUCGGUUGCACAGCGAAUUCUGCAAGACAAUGGAUUCAGCCCUUCCCCUACAAUCUCUGCUCUUUUAUUUCUGUGCUUUUCCAAGCCUACUUCAUUAAAACAAAAGGAGAUUGUAAAGAGCUCCAGAAGGACCUCUUCAAAUUGAAUGCAUUGGUGGGGGGGGGGGAAUAGCAAAUUUAAUUCAGUGUAAACAAGUGUGAAAUGAUGCAUGUUGAGGGGGGGGAGUCUUCACUUUGUAUAUACGCUCAUGGGUUUUGAACUCACAGCAAUGGACCAGGAACGAAACCUUAUAAUCAGAGUAGAUACCAUAACUUGAUGAAGAUGUUGACGCAGUGAAAAAAAAGGCAAAUUCCAUGCUAGGGAUCAUUAGGAAAGGAGUUGGAAAAUAAAUCUGCCAUUAUCAUAUGCUGUUAUUCAGAUCCAUGGUGGGAGACCACAUUUGGAGUACUGUGUAUGGUUCUGGCCAUCUCGCCUCAAAAUGGGGAAAGGAAAGGGUUGUGCUUAAGGGAAGGUAGCGGCAAUGUCACAGAACCAUUGCCAUGUGGACACGAAGCAACUUCUGUUUAAAGCAAAUGCCGGUACAGUGAUACCACAGAAACAAAGGGGCUUCCAGUGUCUUCUGCACAAAGCUCUCUAAAUAUACACUGGCAACCUUUUAGGAAAAGUUGAAAGUUUAUGCUGAAAUUGCCAAGAUAUUAAGUCAUCUUUGUGCAGUUAGUCUGGCUGCCUUUGCUUGGAAUUAAGAAUAGGAAAGGAAAGCUGAAACACCCACCUACCCACCCACUACCUUUUGCUCUGCUGCUUUCUCUAAGAAGAGAAUUGAGGCUUCGUAACCAGAUCUGCGAAAUUCCAGGUUUGUGGUCUAGUAUGGAGAUCCUGACGGUUGUCAUGAUUCUCUUGCUUGGUUCGAUAACUAGGUCACAUUUAUGGAAUCUUACCUAUCUCACAUUGCUUCUCAAAAAACAUUUACCCAUCCCCCCCACUUGGGUACCAAACUAAGCAGUAGUUUGCUCCUGUUUUUAUUUAAGAGUGGGCAAGGAAGAAAAACUAAAAUCAUGGAAAUAAGGACUUGUGCAUCUUCCAGAACAACUCAGAAAGAAACAUGCAUUCAUUGCCAAGGGUGGAAAAUUGUCUGAUUGGUGAGGCCCUUUGCGUAUGUUGGAGGUUUCUUAACUUGGUAAUAAACUGAUGUAAGAAAGUAGGCCAUGGAGAAGAGGCCAAGAAUAAAUGUGUGAAAACAUACAGUAUUUAUUAAUAUACUUGCUAACACUAGCAGCGUAUUUGACAAUUAUAUGUACCAUCCCCAUUGUCCUCCAACAUGUGAUUUGAUUCUUGUGUCACUUAUUCUUGCUAGGAAUAGGCCGGAAAGCUGAAGAACUAACUGCUGAACAAAACCUGUUUGCUAUAAAGUAAGAAAGCAUCUCUUUUACUGAACUGUUCCCCUCCCCACCCCAAAAAACCCACACCUGGAUUGCAUUGUUUCUGUGUGUUUAUAAAGAAUAACUUAAGUGGAAGUUUUCAUUGUGUGGCUUAAUAUGCAGGAGUUCUUCCAGGUUAAAAAAUAUGUGUAGCUUUUCUGAAAAAUAGCAACAACACUGAUUGAGGUGGCAAUAGGAUGGGAUGAAUUUAUAAAUGAGCACAUGCAAAACUGACAUAGACCAGAAAUAGACCCAUCCAGCCAUGCCUAGUACUGUAGAGGCUUUGUUCAUGGAUCUCCUGUGUCAUAUCUAGUUUGUGUCUUGUGUAUAUAUUAUUUUGUUGUCUUUGAGUAAAGACAGACUGAUCCAGAAGUAGCUUGAACACAUGCCCACUGCCCUGAAAACAAGCACAUAGAAAUAUAGUGACUUUGUGUUCAACCCAACUUCUUCCAUGCUCAGAAGUGCUUCCCAUAAUACUUUUAAAGGAGUAAACCAUCUACACUUCCCCCACAUUUUUUUUUUUUAAAUCAGAUUUUGAAAUAAUUAUUGUGUGGUUGUUUUGGUAGAACAAGACCUUCAUUACUGGAAUAUCUGAGCUAUCAGCUCAACUUCCUGAGUAUCAUAGCUGGCCCAUGCAGCAAUUUCAAGGACUACAUAGCCUUCAUCGAAGGGAGGCAUGUACAGAUGAAGCUAUCAGAAGUCAGCUGGAAGCAAAAAGGUCACAGUGGACUCCCUGAUCCUUCUCCAGUGGUAGGCUGUAAAGUACUAAGAACUUACUUUCAAACUCUUCAGUUGUUUUUGCAGCAGUUGUUGCUGUAGUUAAAUACUUUUUAAUUUCAUCUGUUCAGCUGCUUGAUAGGAUGGGACAUAAAUUCAAAUAAUAUAUUUUCAUACUCGACUCCUUUGUGUCAGUUUGGGGCAGCUUUCAACAUUUUGACAAUCGUCUCCUCUGUAACUUUCCCCUGUUCCAUCUUAAUUGUCCAAACUCAUAACUUUCACAGGCCAACAGUGGUGUCAUGGGGUAACCCGGGCAGAUGGGCAGGGUACAAAUAAUAAAAUAAUGACAUCAUCAUCAAAGCGCCAUUGCUUUGAACCCCUAGGAAGCCAAAUCUAAUGGUAAUCAGAUGGUGGAGGAGGCAGAAGCUAUCUGACCUCACAAGACAAAUGGACUUGCUUUCUCUGAGUCAUACAUCCUCUUUUCUAACAUGCCAUGAUCUACUUUUCAGUAAACUCCUCCCCUCUAGUGUCUGCACAGAUCCCAGCAGCCAAGAGAUGCUUGAAGUCAAGCAAGUUUCCAGGGAUAUAGAUGAUUAUUUCACCUGUUUGUUUGGGGGUGCACCUGUCUAAGAAAGUAAUGUUAUUGAAGCAAUAUUUGCUGCACCCGCCCUGGCACUGAUUCUGCAAGAAAGAAUGACUCCUAAGUGGAACACCAGCAUUACCAAAAUGGUGUUCAGUGAACGAAGGUGGCUGUGCUCUGCACCGUCUUCACUAGUGCAUAAUGGGAGCUUAUGGGUUUGUGCACAAUGCUCCUCACCCUCAACUGCUGCAAACUUCUUACUUGUGAUUAGUCUUGGGGUUAAAUAUGAACCACUCCAUUUUUGUGCUACCAAUUCCUCUUUGCAAAAUAGUAAGUGUAAGCAAUGGGUGAUACUUUUCAUUGGCCAGUUACCUCUGAGUAUUUUAUAGGGGAGAAACAUUUUGCCCUCUCUCACCACUGAUGGCACUCAUUUUCUUCUUCUUCUUCUAGGGAGCUGUGCUGCACAAACUUUCCAUCACACUUGUAUCUUUGCUUUUGUUCCUGACCCUUACCAAGAGCUUCCCGGCGACUUAUCUUGUUGAUAACCAGUUCAUCAGCAAGUCUUCGUUCUGGUCCAGACUUGGCUUCCUAUAUGUUGCCAUGCAAGCUUCAAAGCCAAAAUACUACUUUGCAUGGACACUCGGUAAGAUUUAUAUACUGCUUUUUUUUAAAAAAAUGUACACACACUCUUGAGGUUGAAGUGAUGUUUCUUUUCAGACAUUCAGAUAGCAUGGCUAUAUCUGCACAUAUAAACUCGUGGAACAGGUGUGGGGAAUUGCUACUCUUUCUGCUAGGGUAUUGGUAAUAGAAGUAGUCAUGGGAGGGAUGCCAGGAACUGCUAGGAAAAUAGUUCAGCCAGUGCAAGCUUUUCGGCGUGCCAGACAAUCCCCCCUCUCCCUCCUCCGCGUGCUCUUCUGUGGGUUCUCCCAACCCCACUCCCAAGUCAAGUAGGGGCAUGUGGGGGGAGGAAAGAGGAAGAAAGCCCCAUUGCACGAGUAGGAGCCCCUGCACUGACUUCUGCUAGUGGGGCUCAUUUGUUGAAUCUCACCCCUUGUUUCUAUUUUUUUAUCUUUUUAUACAUUUUCCUUCGUAAACAACAGCAAACAACAACAAAUACUAACCUAAAUUACACAACAUAAUCUAGCCUAAAUUUCCAUUACAAUCUUUGUUUCUAAACCUGCCCUAUAUCUCAGGGCUGGCUACAACCCAUACAUUGACAAUACCAUAUGCAACCAUAAAAUCACAAAUAUCUGAAGGGAGUGUGCUGGGCCCGGGGGUUAACCCGAGCAACACGGUCCAGGUCCGGUCCCGAAACCAAGGAUUCCACGAGGAGUCAGUCCAACAGGGCCAAGGCAGGAAACCAGGCUAGGUCAGGCACAGGGUAAUUGACAGGUUCCAGCAAGCAGCAAUGUUCUCCCACAAUCUGUGGCGGGGUCCGGCAGCCUUUUAUCUCUGACAGGGUAACAGCCGGUCCUGAUCCCCCAGUGACUCACCUCCCUGUCUCACCCAAAGGCGAGCACUCCUCUUGCGAGUACUCAGGUCUCUCCUUCUCUCAGACCUUAGUCUCUGCAGCUCGGGAGAUGUUGUGGGUUACUAGACCCAGAGGCCACCUCAGCCUCUCCUGACCCAACUAGUAGCAGCUGCACGUGAUUGCCCAGCAGAGGGUUACGAGGUAAUCCCCGCAUCUGGAGCCAGGGCAGCCUCAGGCCCCUGACUCGGCUCAGUUGGUGCUUGUUGCAGGGGAAUCUGUGCAGACUGGGACUCUUCAGAAUCAGGCCCCAGACUUGGUUCAGAUGUCGCCUGAGGCAGAGGAUCCGGUGUGGACCGAGACUCCUCCAGUUCUGAGUCCGAGUCCCAGGCCAUCACAGGGAGGGCAUUACAUAGAAGCAUAGAACUGUAGAGUUGUAAGUGACCCUGAGGGUCAUCUAGUUCAACCCCCCCUGGCAAUGCAAUUUGAAACCAUCCUGGACACUGCUUAGCUUUGCAAAUGUGCUAGCAGUUUCAUUGCUGCAGCACUACAUAGCUAGACGUUUCAGGGAAAAAGUCACUUUUUCAUGUCACUACAAUAUGUACAAGUUCCCACAAGUGGGACAUGGAGCAGAACUGCCCCCCCCCGACAGAUUUCAUGAUCAAAAAUUGUGAUUAGAGAGACACAAAUGUUGACCAGUCUGAGCAAAAUGUAAAUGAUAUAAGGCAUGGAAAAGUCCCAAUAUAUGGGACAUAUCUCAAGAAUUAUUGUUCUUUAGGCAUGCUUACAUUCUUUAGACUGUCCCUUCCUUUUUCAGUUCACUAGAAUGUCAUAUAUCACUAUUCCAGGUAAGGAUGGUGGGAGACUUAGGUUAAAUUCACAUUUAAAAGCAAACUUGCUGAAUUUGCACUUUCUGGGACAACUCAUGAACCAAAACACAGCCACCCUUUGAAAUCAUCACUUCUCUGAAUUCUGCAGUACUGUUCUCCCUUCAAGUAGUGUGUAUCAAAAAACGCAUGCGCUAGAAUAAAGUGUGCAUAAAAAGGCCUAUCAUAGUGAAAAUAGCAUACAAAAAUGCAUUACUUUAGGAAACAUUGAUUUGCAAAAAUGUAUGCAUUAGGAGAAAUGUGCAGUAAAAUACUGUUGAAUUUUCAUAAGGACUUUUUUCAAUUAAAUUUGCAAGUUGAUGGGAUAAUGUGGAGAACCAAUUUAAAGACCAGGAAAAGGGGUAACUGAGAGAGACUGAAAUUGACAAAUUGACACCCAUCCCUAAUUCCAAGUGUGUAUUGGAAAGGAUCAGCAAUCCCUCAGCCCCCCCACUUUCUAAAGCCAGGCACACCUGCCGCUUCCCACCCACAAUUCCACCUGUGUAGUCCAUGCCAGAGCUGUCCCACAGGCAGGGUGCAGUGCAUCACAGAAAGGUUUGUGCAGAGAAGAGAAGACAUCGGAGAAUAACUGCUUAAAUUGGAAAUAAAAAUGUAGAAUUGGGUGUCCGGAACAACCAGGGUUGUAAACAACAUUUUGCUUUGCAUUGUGGUUUUUUGGGGACAGCAGCGGCCUCUUCUGCAUGGCAGUGGGCGAGACUUCUUGUUGUUCUUCGUCCUGGACACCAGAAUAUCAUUUGGGCAGCAGUGGCCUUUCCUCGCUUUCUCAACAAAUUUUAUCUAGUGACACAGAAUAGCCUGUUGAUCAAAUAUAGCUGCUGCUAAGCAGUUCUUGCUUGUGAAGUAGGACAGACAUGCUUUUGUGCGAGAGUCAAUUACUGAAUUCUCUGCUCAUGAAAGGGGGGGCGGGAGAGAUAAGUUCAUUUUUGUCCUAAUGUUAACUGCUGAACUUUAGUUGGAAUCGAAACUAAGAAGCCAGUCUUCAAAAGUGCUCUGCUAACGCAAGCUCCAGUGAAGAGGCUUUAAUCAGUGGGCGAUCAGAGCUUUGAAGUUGCUUCUUCAGAGGCAGAGAUGCUGUAGCAGAAGUCGAUAAUCUUCUUUUUCUUGGCAAUCACUUGUAGCCGAGUAAGAUUGUCUUCCGUAAACAUGGUUUGAACAGUGAGAGAAGGUCACUUGCUGCAUCAUCACCUUGUUGUGGUGAGUAGGCUUGCAUGUUCCUAUGACCCUUGUGAGCGAAGCUGCCGGGAGUCUCAUACUCCCAGGAGGGUCACCCAAGGCAGUACGGUCAAAGGGGAGGAGCUAGACAAAGAAUGAUCCAAGAAGUCCUCAACGGCAGAACAGGCGGAUGAUAACAAGCAGUAUGUUACAACAGCUGUGAAGGCGGAUGAAGGCUGCAGCAGAUAAGAAUCUACCGGUCGUCGUGAUAUUCAUGCCAUCAGAAUACAUCGGUGCCUCAGGUUAAGUACUUAAUUCAUUCUGGAGGUCCGUUCUUAACCUGAAACUGUUCUUAACCUGAAGCACCACUUUAGCUAAUGGGGCCUCCUGCUGCCGCCACGCCGCCAGAGCACGAUUUCUGUUCUCAUCCUGAAGCAAAGUUCUUAACCCAAGGUACUAUUUCUGGGUUAGCGGAGUCUGUAACCUGAAGCGUCUGUAACCUGAAGCGUAUGUAACCCGAGGUACCACUGUAGAGCCUUACUGUUAAGACUUUGCAUUGAUCAGCGUGCACUGAUCUACACACAUAAAACAAAUUCAUGCCUAGGCGUCUUCCAAAAAAAGAAGUCUGUAAUAUUGGGUUCCUGACUGUAGUGCCAAAUUCAUGGAGGGUAAGGCUGUCGAUGGCUACUAUCUAUGAUGGCUAUGCUCUGCCUCCACAGUUGAAGAAGUAAUGCUUCUGAACACCAGCUGCUGGAAGCCACAGAGUGGGGUGUGGGGAGCAGGUCCUGCUUGCAGUUUUCCCACAGGCAUCUGGUUGGCCAAUAUGCAGACAGGACGCUGCACAAGAUUGGCCAUUGUCCUGAUCCAGGCGGCUCUUCAUAUGUUCUUGCAUUACAUUCUUAAUUUCUAAAUAAAGUGGGGUGAGUUUCUAAAUAAAAUGUCACUGGUCCAGACUAAGUAACUUGAACUUUUGUUUGUAAUCAAAGCCACUCAACUUCAUAAUUGUUAACUUUUCGCAUUGAUUUCAGUGGGACCCAAGUUCCAACUUAUUUAUUCUGGAUUCAACCCAUUAUGUUCUUCUUACACAGGUAGUCAUUUUGUUAACUGACAUUUUAUGCAGUACUCUUAUGAAAUUGCGGCUUCUGCUCCAGUGAACACUGCUUCUGCUCUCAGUUGGUAGAGCAUGAGACUCUGAAUCUCAGGGCCAUGGGUUCAAGCCCCACACCGAGCAAAAGAUUCAUGCAUUGCAGGGGGUUGAGAGCCAGUGUGCUGUAGUGGUUAAGAGCGGUAGGCUUGUAAUCUGGUGAACCGGGUUCGCGUCUCCGCUCCUCCACAUGCAGCUGCUGGGUGACCUUGGGCCAGUCACACUUCUUUGAAGUCUCUCAGCCCCACUCACCUCACAGAGUGCUUGUUGUGGGGGAGGAAGGGAAAGGAGAAUGUUAGCCGCUUGGAGACUCCUUUGGUAGUGAUAAAGCGGGAUAUCAAAUUCAAACUCUUCUUCUUCUUCUUCUAGAUGACCUUCAUGGUCCUUUCCUACAGUUCUGUGGUUCUGCAACUAGUUCCAAAUACCCAAAGGGGCUUUGAAGCUCCUGUUGUUUUUAAAAAUAAAUCUUAGUCUGUGGCAUGGAGAGCUCAAGCAGCAGCUCUCCAUGCCACAAAGGAAGGCUCUUUUAAACCAGGAGGAAUUUCAUAUGGCAUUGUAGUCUCUUUGUGGUGUGUGUGUGUGUGUGUGUGUGUGUGUGUUGGAAUUAAAGGUCCCACUGGGCACGCCAAAGUCCUUGAGCAUGCAUAAAGCAGGUCUUUGGAUUCCAGCCUAAGACUCUUGUUUUUUGCAAUUAUAGCAGAUGCAGUCAACAAUGCAGCUGGCUAUGGGUUCAGUGGUGUUGACAAGACAGGCAAUUUCCACUGGGACCUUCUGUCUAAUUUGAAUAUCAAGAACAUUGAGGUAAGUUUAUAAGAAAACAUCAUGAGAAAGGAAUGGCAUGAGUCUGAUAAGAUAAUUACACCCAGUGAAAAAUUAUUAUUGCUAUACAGAUAUGCAUGCAAACAAAAGUUAUUUUGUAUUUUAGAUUAUCGGAAACAUUUUUUGGUGUGUGUAUUACAUUUUAAAAAUGUAAAACCACAAAAAAGCGGUGGCUGCUGCUGCUUUUAAAUAGAAACUCAUGACCAUGUCUCACCCUUGGCUUGUUAACUUGAAGAAUUUGAACUCAAAUAUCUGACAUUUUCAGCAAGGGCUUCUUGUUAUGCACAGUUCUGUUGUAAAAAGCAGUAAUCUUACCCUUCACAUAAAAAAUUAUACUGAUAGAUUCUCUACAAGGGAUUAUUAUUUUAAUUGAAAUAUGGAUUGUGAGAAUCCAAACAGUUUAAGGAUGGAUUCUGAUCAUAACUUAGUAGUAAAGCCCACUGAAUUUAAUUUGACUUAUAUGUGAAUAGGCAUGGCUAGAAUUGUGCUGUAAAACAAACAUUAGCCUCUGGAUUUACCAUCUAGGGUUUUGCUGGUGUAAAAAGGUUAUGCCUCUUAUCUUUUAAAAUAAAUUGCAAACCUCAUCUCUGUGUACUACUUAAGAUAAAUUACAGACUUUGAAGUUCUAGGGUGGUGAAAGAAGCACAGGCAAAGCAUUUGAUUCCAAUGGGUGAGGAUGAGUUGGACUGACAUUUUUAACGUGAACGCAGACCAGUAAUGUGCGGGGCUUUCCUCUCUCCUAGUUGGCAACGAGUUUUAAAAUGUAUGUAGAAAACUGGAAUAUCCAAACCACUGCCUGGCUCAAACGGUAAGAGCAAUAUACUCGAGGUGCUUUUACACUGCUUUGAUAAUCCACCUCAUCUGUCCAUACAUUCAUCAGGGCUUUUAACAUUUGUCACUGAAGCCUAUGUCUACACUAAGGGCUCGUCCCUCUAGCAUAGGGCCGAGCGGUUUUCCCCUUGCCCCAUUCCUUUCCUAUGGAAAAAUUCACUCUUUAGCUCUAAAUCGGUGCAAAUGUCGACCUGGGAGAAACCUGAAUUGCUGUUUGCUCCAAUUAAGCGUUAAAGAAAGAGCAGUCUCCCCCGGGGGAAAGCAGCGGGACAAGAGCAACUGUAAAUAAGCCCUAAAUCUUUCAGUCAGCUGUGGGAGACAUCCAAUGACCCUCAUCUACAUGUGCAAUGGACUUCCAGCUUCACUUUCUCCCUGCUCUACACCCUCAUAAUCUGCUCUAGGGGGUCCCCCAAGCUUCAGAGCAGAAGAAAGGGAGCAGAAGGGGCAAGAAAAAGAGACAAUGCUGUUCCACUAGGUGGACCUUCCCUUGUAUGUUUUUCUAGGACUCCAAUAAUGUUAGGUAAGACGUGUGUUCUUCACUGGGUAUUCCUAGGUCAGGUAGGAAGCUACAACCAUCAGGUCCUUCCUGCUAGCGCCACCCUGCAUGUGAAAUGGCUUCUUCAAGGAGUCCUAGCAGGCCUGCUCACUUGCCAUUAUUGGAAACUGGUUAAUAUUUCCUUGUGUGGUCAGGCAUUUGAUUUUGCUGCUAUCUCAACUGGUUGCUGGUGUGGCGGCUUAAAAUUUUAAUUUUCAUGUUGUGAUUUUAUAUUUAAGAUACCUUGGGGUGCCUUUUCAGAUCUGGUAGGCAAGAUAUAAAAUUAAAAUUAAUGCUUGGGCUGCUGUCACCACUGCUUACUGUGUGCCUGAGUUAAAUAGGUUGAAUUUUUACAUCAAUUCCUCCCCCCCCCCCAACAAAGCCUUUAUUUUCCCCCUCUCUCAUUGCGCAAGAGAGUGUCAGAGUGAUUUUGUUAAUUUGGAAAGUGAUUAAUUCUGUUUCCACAUGCCUACAGACACACAGCAAAAUUCCUUCUCAUGGAAAAUAGUUCUGUUCAGUAAUGUAUAUACAGUAUUGGUUUGCCAUGCAUAAAACCUGUUUGGAUUUCUACAAGUCACACUCAUGACUUACAUUUAAAAACAUAAUCAGAAAGAAAGAGAGAGAGUGUGUGUUUCUGCUACAAAAAAUUAAAAAUCUAGAAACUUGUCACAAAUGCUUCUUUUGAAUUUCUUCUUUUUCAAAGCACUCCAUUGAGCUAAAGCAAGGAAAGUGGGCCAAACUAUAAGGAAUUCAAAUGGGAGUUUUGUGUCUGGAAAGUAUAUGUUCUGGGUGCCUAUGGACUGACGCUUUUAAAAUGUAAGAUGCCCUUUAAGAUGUCUCUAGAUAUGAAAAUCUGGGUUAGAGAAAUGACAGCAUUAUAAAAUCUGAAGAUUUACUGCCAUGAAAACAGGUUACGCUAGCUGAAUCUUGUCUUGUCCUUAUUCAGAAGCGACUCGCCCAUUGGGGUGGAGCUGCAAGAAGAUACUUCCCAGCAGUGGGGCUCCUGCUGCUAGUUACUAGGAGGGGCAAGGUGGCAGGGAGGUCUGCCAGGCAGAAGUGUUGCAUUGCCCCUGCCAGCGCCCCCACACCAAGCUGACCUCUCUGCCUCCUCACCUCUGGCCGCUCCCAAUAAGCAGCAGCAACCCCUCUGCCAGGAAACCAAGGUUGCUGCUUCGCCAUUCUGGGGAAGCCAGUUUUGUCCUCUCAUAGAAGUAUGCUUUUGAAAUGCCUCCCUUCUGCCGUAGUUAUGAAGUCAGCUUCGAAAGCCUUUGAGAUGCAAUCCAUGCAUUGUCUGCACAUGCUAUUAUUUUGGUUUUGCUUUUCUUCCCAGCGUCUGCUAUGAUAGAGCUCCUCAGUACCCUACAGCUUUAACGUUUCUUCUGUCAGCUGUUUGGCAUGGCGUUUACCCCGGAUAUUAUUUUACAUUUGUCACUGGGAUCUUUAUGACACUAGCAGCCAGAGCAGUAUGUAUCUCCUUUCCAUUUUAUUUUUAAAAAAUGGGUGCAAUCUGAAACGUAACUAUUCACACUCACUUCUCUUCAGGUCAUUGGAACAUGGUUGUGGGCAUGAGUCCUAUUGGUUUUCAGAGUUUUUUUCUUGAAUAUACCAACCUGCCUCUGUCUGAAACCCAACAUUUUCUGUGCUAUCUCACACUGACCUAUUUAUGGGCCACGCUUGCUAUCCCUGCCCCCAUUGUCAACCUCCCACUACUCUCCAUGUGUUGGGUGGGGUGGAGAUUUCAAGCAGGGAGCCCGCUGCAUUCAUGUAGGCUUAUUGUGCCUGAUUAUAAAUAUGUAUACAGAGACUCCCUGCUUCAGACCCCACGCCUACACAUAGUACAUGGCAGGACCAGUUGGGGUGCAAAGGCUUGAUUGUACAGUCAUACCUUGGGAUGAAUACGCUUCAGGUUAAGCGUUUCUGGGUUGCGCUCUGCGGCGACCUGGAAGUAACGGAACACGUUACUUCCAGGUUUCACCGCUCGCGCAUGCGCAUAUGGUCAAAAUGACCUCACUCGUAUGCGUGGAAGCGCCGAAACGCGACACGCGCAGAUGUGCAGUCACGUGUUAUGUUCGCUUCAGGAUGCGAAUGGGGCUCUGGAACGGAUCCAGUUCGCAUCCAGAGGUACCACUGUAAUUGCUUGAUGGGAAGAUGUCCAAAAGGAAAAAGAAAUUCACUUCCUGGAAAUCAUAUAUCAUCACCAUGUUCCUACCAAAAGAAAAUUGACAACAGUGUUUGCUAAAGAAUCAGAAACUAGAGAAGGAUUUGACUGCAGUUCCUGGUAGUUGUGGUAGCUUAGAUGGUUCCCCUCUCUUUGUCGUCACUCCUGUGACUGCUCCCGGACAUUUAUGUAAGCUUGGUAUUCUGCUUUGACUGUACAAUUUGGGGUGGUGGGUGUGCAUUCGUUUGUAUGCUAAUUAUUGCAUUGGCUUUGGCCUUUCGAGAUAUCUUUUACUGAAUCUUUGUACUUCACAAUGCAAUCCUAUGCAUGCCUGCUAGGAAAUAUGUGUGUAUAGGACUGCAGCCCAAGCCACUUCUUCCAGGUCUGUUCAGCUGCUGUUCUUCUCAAUUUCUUGCUGAGACACUUCUUUCUUAUUUAAUAAGAGGAAAGAAGAAACCAAACACUCCUUAUUGGUAUACCAGACCACAUCAUGAUUAAGUGGAUAGGACAGCAGCCAUUAUGUGAAGAUUGCUUUUAAACUUUUUUUUGCCUUUUUAAAGGUCAGGAACAAUUUCCGGCAUUUCUUCGUCUCCCCAAAGCCUCUCAAAACGGGCUAUGACAUUGUGACCUGGUUGGUAACUCAGCUCUCUGUCUGUUAUACCGUUGCACCAUUUGUUCUGCUAGCUGUUGAGCCUACAAUUAAAUUAUACAAGUAAGUCACCACCUAUUAUUAUAGCUGUUGGGGUUGCAUCAGGCCAUAGCCUUUUCAGAUUUGCCAGCCUGAGGUCCACGUUGGGUGAUGUUUCAUCAUGGUUUGAAGGAAAACUAAACAGGUUAUAUUUGCUAGCUGUGUCACCUUUGGAAGCUCAGUUAAUAUUUGAAAUGUGUACUUGGGCCUUUGAAAGGAAUAAGAAGGGGCAAUGCAUCUGUUUCAUUCCAAGUUGGAAAGUGCACUCAGCAAUUUUAUUUUUAUAUCUGUUCCUUCCCUUAAAAUUCAUAGUGUAUGGCGAUGGCAGGUUGUUGUGUAGAUGGAAGAAGGGUGCAGAACAACACUGAGGGAAGUUCCAUGUGAAUGUUUGUUAGUAGGAUGUGGUGAAAAUUUAAAACUGAACUCUUGAUGGAGUGUAGACUUAUUAAAUCUCCAACUCAGGGCCCAAACAUACAAGGUUAGGUUUGGCAGAUAAACCAGGGCACUUUCUAGAAAUCCUGAGUUAUUGCUUUGAGAGGCAUAAUGGUCUGCUCCCCUUUUCAAAAUAUUUUGCUUUAGUAGUCCAGGAAGAGCUACAACCCAAUAUGUUGCAUCACUACUCAUCAUUAUAGGUUGUUUUAACCUGACUUCCACUUGCUUUAUAUUCCUUGCUACUUCUUUCUUUGUCCCUUACAGGUCACUGUACUUUCAUAUGCACAUUUUAUGUGUACUUGUGUUGCUGGUCCUUCCAAUCAGAUCUCAAAAACACCUGAAAAGGCAGCAGCUUCCCAUUCAAGGCACGCACAACUCUGACAUAAACGAGAAAGCAAAAUGAUACCUCAAAAGGGAAUUGUCGCUCCUCUUCUGUGAGACGCUGGAAAAAUGGGUACGAGCAAUACAUCAUUGCAGUAGCUUAAUUUAAGAAACUUUUUAAAUGGACAGAAAGGAAACGGACUGAUUACCAGUUAAGACUUGUUACUGGGUAAUGUUUACAUCCUUGAUGGGAGAAGAUAAUAUAUAUUUUUUGUAAACUAAAGAGAAUAAUGGAGUGUCUUUAAUGUAUUUAAAUUCUUGCACACGUCUAUCAUCUCUUAAAGUUAAUCUCAAUUAUCCAGUGCUUUUGAGAGGUAGGGGAAAGAUAAUCAUUGGGGGUUAGCUGUCAUGGACUGGCUAGAUGCAGAAGAGUGGUGGGGGGCACUAGCUGGGGAACACCCAAGGGAACCCCCAGGGGAAGAAGGCUCAGAGUGAAGGGACUGGUGGUGGGAUGACAAGCGAGUGGUCAGAGGGAGAAGAGGGAGCAGACUGGGGGGAGGAGGUGUCAGAAGCUGAAGAGGCAACAGAGUUUAGUGAGCAGGGAGAGGCCGUGGCAGAGACAAGUCCUGAGUCAGAGGCAGGAAAGGAGGCUCAAGGGGGGGGGGGAGAGAGGCAGUGAUCAGACAGGCUGCUGAAGAAGCCAGGGAGUCUCACCCCCCCCUCCAGUCUCCCAGAACACAAAGAGGAAUGAAGAGGGCAGAGCAAAGAGAGACAAGAUGAAGGAGUCUCAGGUUGCAUGGGAAGGUCCCAGGGGAGGAGGAUACUUAGGCAAAUGUGGGAAGACCUGCACUCCCCACAACUGCCUCAUCAAGGCAAGAUCUACUGGGAAGAGUUGCCGUGCUGACUCAGUCUGAGCUGCUUUUUAUUUCUUUGUAUAAAGCGUUAACUUCACUGACAUCUUGUGAGUUAUGGCUGACCUGACCCCGACACCCACCUUGACAUUAGCAGAUGGGUUCCCUAAGCAUCAAAAUGUUUUUCUUCCCCCACCCCACAUAAAACGAUGAAAGGUGAAAAGUAACUUGUAGUGUGUACUUGUAAUUACCAAAUGGUGGGUUGCAAGGAAUUUCAUGGGUGGGUUUCCUGAAUGCACCAAAAGCUGAAAAGAAUUUGUGAUUCAUGGUCAACAGGUGUGGGGACCAGUAGGCCCACAUAGACAGUACAUCAAAGCAAAAAGGAAAUUUACAUGGGUGGGGUUAAGAACCAUUAACCUAGAACAAAUGAAGCGCAUGCUGAGUGACUGGGACUAGGCAUUAGGAAAGGGAAGAUCAUGGAGCAGGCUGGCUGUGGUUGCCCAUAAAAUAAAUAAACUCAGGUAUAGACUGAGGUGAGAAAUGUGGGCUAGACAGAGUUUGAAAGAGAAUUACAGGCUUUUCCACUUCCUGUUAGACCUGUUUUCUGUGCUGAGCUUGGGUGAUUUCUCCCCACCACCACCACUGCCACUGAACUCCAUAAUCUUUUCCUGAUACUACAGACCUUUCAAAUGUUGCCUGCAUUCAUUAUUUCAUGAUAGCCGAACAAAGAUAAAUUACUUUGGCACUUGGAAAAUAACUCAGGGAACUUGGUGCGAAGCACUUGACUUAACCUUUUCGGAAUAUGCUUCCUAAUAUUCAAAACGAUGCUUUUAGGUUUUUAAAAUGAAAAUGGUUCUUUCCAUUUUUAAAUAAUAUGUUUUCUUUAUGAAGGGAACGGGAUAAAUUUAAACUUAAUAGAACUGAUGCAGACCUCUCGCCCUGUAAGUUUGCUUGCUUGUCACCUUCCUGCUCUUAGCUCAUAAGUGCUUCCCUCUGUCUGCCCACCUUGUCACCUAUAACCUAUCCCAAUUCAGAAAGCCUACUGAGCCUCAAGGAUGGAGUGCCCUGGUAGUGAAAGACAUGGGUGUUGCACCUGUCUACUACUUAGGCGCAAUGAUAAUCUUUUUGCCCAAGUGGGUUCCACAUUCCAUCCACACUUCCGUUCUUUUAAAGUCCUGUUUGGCUAGAUGCUUCAGAGCUGAAUUUGCUUUGAUCGUUUUUUUGUUUUGUUUUACAGUGAGAAAGGUAUUAAAAUUCUGUAUAAAGUUGAGGGAUGAAAAAAACCAGUUUCUGGUUGGAAAGGCAAGGGGAAGCUCUGAUCUUAAUGAGCUGGACUUUUCCAAAUCAAAUGAUCAAUGUGAGAGUAGCAUUGAAUCACCUUUUAAAAGGUGCAAGUGAAGCAGAAUGCUUUGGGAACCAAUGUUGCUGCUGUCUGUUAUCACUUAACUGCUGUUUGCUCAUAUUAUGUAUUUCUUUGGGACAUUUUCACCCUGUUCUGCAAUCCAGGGAUUCUAAGCGCAAAUCUUUGUAAAGCUUUUUAAAAUAAAUAAUUUUUUUU